AUAACACAAAAUUCAUAAUUUUUCAAUUACAAAACUAAUUUACAAAAAAAUUGAUUUACUAAUCUAGUCACCGCCAUUUCUCUUUCAAGUUUUUCUCUUCCUGCUUUUGUGCAAGAAUAAAACCAAAAGCGUAGCGCGAGACAGAACAGAAGACUAUAGAAUAGAAUAGAAUAGAAUAGAAUCGAGUAGAAUGUGUACGCUCCAUUUCCCAGUCCAAAUGCAAUCCGAUAUCCGCACCGCCCUUCACGUAGCUUUCUCCAGCAUCGGCUCGCUCAGUCCGUUUCGCAGGUCAACUCUCACCCUCCCACCUCGCUGUCUCCGCCCCGCUGCCUCAUUGGGUCUGCUUUCAAGACCUUUCUCUACCUCCGCCAGCCUUCCCGACAAGCCUUCCAUUUGUACCGCCGACGAGCUCCACUAUGUCUCCCUUCCCAAUUCUCACUGGCGCCUCGCCCUCUGGCGUUAUCACCCUCCUCCUCAGGCGACCCCGAGAAAUCACCCCCUUUUAUUAUUAUCUGGGGUGGGGACUAAUGCCAUAGGGUACGAUCUUUCUCCCGAGUCUUCAUUUGCAAGAUACAUGUCUGGCCAAGGAUUUGACACAUGGAUUCUUGAAGUUCGUGGUGCUGGGCUAAGUGUGCAGGGAUCAAAUUUCAAACAAAUUAAGGAAAGUGCUAAUGCAGUAUCUGAGCAGAUGGAAGCUGUUGCUAAGGGUGUUACAAAUGGAAUGUCUCCUGUGCAGCAGCCAAAUAAUGUUUCUGAUACUUUAUCAGAUUCUGAGAUUUCUCAUUUCGGACAAGAUUCGAUAGGGAUUGCAACAGCAUGGGAUGAGUCAAAAUUGGUGUCGAAGUUGACAGAAAUCUUGAUGCGUUUGUCUGAGAGACUUUCUGGCUUUCUCAGUGAUGGCCAAUCAAGGCUUAUCUCUGCUAAAUUGUUUGAUCAAAUAUCAAACCUUUUGGAAGGUUCUCAGUUAUCUGAUCGCUUUGAGGAGGUAAGGGCAAACCUUUCCAACUUAUUGGAAAAACAACAAAACUCUGGUAUAACUAGCCAAAUUAGAGAUCUGAGUCAAAGACUUGUAAAUAUUAUUGAAGAAGGCCAACGAUCUGUUUCACCUCAGUUCAUUGAUAUGCAAGAGCGGCUUUCGUCAACAAUAGAAGAUUUUCAGAAACAACUUGACUUGAUUGUGAAGUAUGAUUGGGAUUUUGAUCACUAUCUGGAGGAGGAUGUUCCUGCUGCGAUGGAGUACAUAAGGGCACACACAAAGCCAAAGGAUGGAAAAUUGCUUGCGGUUGGUCACUCAAUGGGAGGCAUAUUGCUUUAUGCUAAGCUGGCACGGUGUGGUUUUGAAGGAAGGGAACCUGAACUCAAGGCUGUUGUUACAUUGGCGUCAUCACUUGAUUACACAUCUUCAAGUUCGACACUCAAAUUACUCUUACCUCUUGCAGAUCCUGCACAGGCUCUUAAUGUACCUGUUGUUCCAUUAGGGGCAAUGUUGGCAGCUGCAUAUCCUCUAUCUUCUCGGCCUCCUUAUGUCUUGGCUUGGCUUAAUAAUCUAAUAUCAGCAGAGGACAUGAUGCAUCCGGAGUUGCUUAAAAAGCUUGUCUUAAACAACUUCUGUACUAUACCAGCUAAACUUCUUCUGCAGCUCACGUCAGCUUUUCGAGAACGGGGAUUAUGUGAUAGGAAUGGUAAAUUUUUCUUCAAGGAUCAUCUACAUAAAAGCAAUGUACCUGUCCUGGCUAUUGCAGGAGAUCAAGAUCUAAUUUGCCCACCUGAAGCUGUAGAAGAAACCGUGAAGCUUCUUCCGCGGAACUUGGUCACCUAUAAAAUAUUCGGAGAACAUCAGGGUCCACAUUAUGCUCAUUACGAUCUUGUGGGAGGACGACUGGCUGUGGAGCAAGUUUACCCAUGUAUAAUCCAGUUUCUUAGUCAACAUGACGAUUGAACAUGAUGAUAUCUGGGCCAAUAAACAUCGCUACAAAAAGAUAUAGUAAAGAAACACUAGUUCAUUUAGCCGAUAGGCAACCUAAUGUACCCAUUUCUUGGUAAUGGUGGCAGCAUGGAGUAUGCUUAUAUUAUUGCCAUGCUCGACGCAGUUAAUCUGACUCAUCACUUUUGGUCGAGAUGCAUUCGGAGUUGAAACAAAGGAAGUAUGAAGGACCUUCAAGUUUGGAUGAAUCGACAUUUACCUCAUCUUUUUUUUUUUUUAAGCUGUGAAUUAUAAAUAUUUUCCAAUAUUUACUAGAUAAAUUACAUCAUAUAUAAAUACAAAAGGAGUAUAGUGUAAUAUAUAAAAAAUGGGUCGGGUUGGAUUCUGAUAUUAUUUUUAUAUCUUGAAUUUCAAGGUUUAUGAGUUAAA